AACAAAAUUCACAUUCACAAUAAGAAAGAAGAAAAGAAAAGACUAGACUCUUAUCCAGCACCGAUGGUUGUGGCGGUUGUUCCUCUUCGUCCUCACUGCUCCUCCUUCCACCAUUUCACCCUUUCAAGCUCCACUCCGUCCUCUCACCACUCCCCCAAAUUCCGUCUACUCCGACCGAACGCCACCUUAAUCUCCGACUCCAAUUCCUUCCAGGUGGGAAAACCCAUUGGCAGCUAUGGCUUCAUGAACGUCACCACUGUGUUUCCCUCCUCGGGACCAGGCUCUGAGUAUUCGUAUAGCGAUUUCAAAGGACUCAAAACCCAAGAUGUUGAAGAAGGCAGCGUCAAAAUCAGGCUUUAUGAAGGGAGAGUUUCCCAGGGUCCACUUAGAGGAACUCCUGUUGUUUUUAAGGUUUAUCCGGGAAGACGAGCUGCCGGGGCUGUUGCUGAUAUGAUGGCUGCUAAUGAGUUGAAUUCCCACGUGUUUCUUCAAAGCAGUUCUAAAGGUAUCAGUGAGCAUCUUAUGUUACUUGUAGGUGGGUUUGAAACAACUACUGGAGAGCAGUGGCUUGCUUUCCGUGAUGUUGGGAGAUACACUGCGGCAGACUAUGCAAAAUUUGCUAGUGAGAAGGUAUCAAGAGAUCGAGCUUCAGGAGAACCUUCUUCUUGGAAUCGCUAUGAACGAGUACAAACAAUCAAAAGAAGACAAUUUUUCAUUAUAAAGCUGCUUCAUGGCGCUAUGAGAGGUCUAGCUUACAUGCAUGACCAUGAAAGAUUGCACCAGAGUCUAGGACCAUUUUCUGUGGCUCUCAACACAAUUUCAGAAAGAGAAGCUCGCUAUUUGAUUCCAAGACUUCGGGAUCUAGCCUUUUCUGUUGAUAUCAGGUACUCGGAACUAGAGAAUUCAGGAUCACUUGCAGAUGGGCUUUGGGCACGAGCUUCACGUGCUGGUGCAUUCACAUAUUUAGAGAAAAGAGCUUUUGGAAUAGCUGAUGACAUAUACGAAGCAGGCCUUCUUUUUGCAUACCUAGCUUUUGUUCCAUUUUGUGAAGCUGGUGUAACGGAUGGCCUUUCCUUGCAAAGGCUUUUGGAGAACACUUUCCGACUUGAUCUUGAAGCAACGCGGGAGUAUUGUAUAGCAGAUGAUAGAUUAGUAGAUGGUGUCGAGUUCCUGGAUCUAGGCAAUGGCGCUGGCUGGGAGAUACUUCAGGCAAUGCUUAAUGCUGACUUUCGUAAGAGACCAACUGCUGAGGCUGUUCUCAAUCAUAGAUUUAUGAGUGGAGCAGUCCUUUGAACUUCAAUGUCAAAGAAUAUGAUAGUAUGUGUUUUUGAUCAAAUAUGUACACAUGGCUCACCACGCCAUUUAUGUUUGUCUGUAAAUAAAAUAUCUCAUGCUUUUGGGAAGAAAUAUUUUGGUUUUGCAUUGCUUCUCACCAUUACCAAUGCCAAUACUCAAGUAGACAUUACAUCUUCCUGAUAUUUGCAUCGUUCAUAUACAAGCCAUAAGACAAAGCCAAACAUAUCUCAUACAUCUUAAGGUUCCAAUAUAUUCAAUUCGUUCGAAUAUUUUAAGCUUCCAAUA